UCGCGCCAACCACCCCAACGGCCUCCUCCUUGUACAGCAAAACCCGCCCACAAACAAAACAUUGCACAAAGAAUCUUUCUUCUUUCUCUCUCUCUCUGUGUGGCCAUGCAACUCCCCAAUGAAGGUCACGUUGCCGUCCUAGCAUUCCCAUUCGGCACCCACGCCACCCCUCUCCUCACCGUCGUCCGCCGCCUAUCCACCUCUGCACCCAACCUCAAAUUCUCAUUCAUCAACACCUCCAAAUCCAAUCAAAAAGUAUUUUCCAAAAUCAAACCCGAUGACUUCCAAAACAUCAAGCCUUUUAAUGUGGACGAUGGUGUCCCCGAGGGGCACGUGUUUUCGGGCAAUCCCUUGGAGGCCGUAGAGCUUUUCCUGAAGGCAGUGCUGGAAAACUUCAAAAAUGGUCUGGAAGGGGCUGUGGCUGACACAGGCGCGAAGAUCACGUGCUUGUUGACUGAUGCGUUCUUUUGGUUUGGCGCCGAUAUGGCAGCAGAAAUGGGCGUCCCUUGGGUGGCGUUUUGGACUGCGGCGCCUUGCUCUAUCUCCCUUCAUAUGUACACCGAUGUCGUUAGGAGCACGUUGAAAGGUAAGGAGGAAAAUGGAGACGAGACUCUUAAUUUCAUCCCAGGAAUGUCAGCAAUUCGCGCCAAGGACCUACCAGCAGGGAUCGUACAUGGAAAACUAGAAGCGCCAUUCAACAUCAUGGUACACAAAAUGGGACAAACGUUACCAAGAGCGACGGCUCUCACAAUAAACUCGUUCGAAGAAAUUGAUCCGACCAUCACCAACGAUCUCAAGUCGAAGCUGAAAAUGGUGUUGAACAUAGGCCCCUUUGAUCUAGCCUGGCCACCAAAGUCGUUUUCGGAUGAAAGCAGGUGCAUACCGUGGCUGGACAAUCAUGACAAGGCAUCCGUGGCGUAUCUAAGCUUUGGUUCACUUUUGACGCCUCGGCCUAAUGAGCUGAUUGCGUUGGCAGAGGCACUGGAAACUCAAAGGGUGCCGUUUUUGUGGUCUUUUAGAGACAGUUCAAAGCUUCAGUUGCUGGAGGGAUUUCUUGAAAGAACCAGCACUCUUGGGAUGGUAGUUCCAUGGACUCCUCAAUUACAAGUCUUGGAGCACCCAUCGGUCGGAGUGUUCAUAACACACGCCGGGUGGAACUCGGUUUCCGAGAGCAUUGCCGGGGGCGUGCCAAUGAUAUGCCGGCCAUUUUUUGCUGAUCAAGGGCUGAACAGCCGGCUAGUUGAGGAAGUGUGGAAGAUUGGUGUAAGCGUUGAGGGCGGAAACUUCACUAAAUCUGCAACUACGAAAGCCCUAGAGCUCGUUUUCUCGUUGGGAAAAGGGGGGGAAAUGAGAGAGAACAUAGGUAAUCUUAAACAGAAAGCUAAGAUGGCUGUGGGAAGUGAUGGGAGCUCCACCAAGAAUUUCACAAGUUUGGUGAAGGUAGUUGCAGGCUUGUGAGAAUGCUUAGAAUUUCUAAGUUUUUGACUUGUACAGUUGUGUAAUGCAAUGGAGAGAAGAAAAUAGAGAUACAAGACAGAAGAUAGAGAGAGAAGUUUUGAAUUUUGUUCAUGAUAAAAUCAAUGAACACUAUUAACGUUGUUAUACAUUAUACAACGUACACAGCUAAAUUAACUUUGCUUUGACAGAGAUUCUCUGUUGUUUUAGUA